AUGGUGAGGGUUUGAUUAUCGGGCCGUUGUAUCGACAGGUUACGCGGAGGAGACUGCGUGCAACGUACAAUUGGUCGAACCGUCUCUAUGACAUUGUUCGAGGGAAGACGGUGCAAGAUAGAUAGCUCACUGUGGUUAUUUCUUCCCUUUUCGUCCAGCUCUGCCACGUCGAAGACAGAGGCAGGGUCGAUUUUGAUUGGAGAACAAUUGUGCGGUUCCGUGGGGAUGAGAAUGGGCAAUAUCGUGGGGGACUCCAGAGUACUGGAGUGUUUGGAUAUUACAACACAGGAAAAUUGUCAAAUCCGACCAAUUACAAUGUGUAUGUACGGAGUAUUCUGUAUGUUCAAAUGAUCUAUCGUUUAUACUACCUAGUAUGGUAGUUU